UGAGGUGUCUGGUAAACAGCAAUAUGACCAUCCUGAGUUCCGGAAGAUUAUGGAAUCUCUUGAAGAAUAUGACGGGAUCAAGUAUAACGCUUAUCGGGUUGCAUUCAAGAUAUACGCUUUACAAAAAAACCUGAGAGUGCCUCCUCUCCGUAUCAGUUCAGGGGUGUUUGCUAGACAUCAGCUGAGCUUAUCAGAAAGUAGUCUAUCUCUAGACACAGUGGAGCUGGAGUCUGUUCUUGCAGACAUUUACUUUGCAGCGGAAAAGGAAGGUCUAUUUACGGGAGAUAUUGAUUUAGCUGUGGACCUGCUGAUUAACUUGUUGCUGAAUAUUUAUGAUAGUGAAAGAAAAGAACCAGUACGAGUUUUAGCGGCAAAGACAUUACUUAUUAUUUUAAGCGAAGAAUCUGCAUCUGACAAAUGGGGAGCACUGGCCAACUGUUGUAUGGACCAUAAUGGCUGCGUGUCGCCCAAGAGACUGGCCGCUUUAUUGGCACACGUGACUGCAUUAUCUGGAUACCUUGGAGUUAUGUGUGAUCAUGCUCAAGCUGACGUAGAGGCUUGUUUUGACAAGAGCGCAGGCAUGCUCGGUGUGAGUGCUCGAGCAGUGUCGGAGUGGGGCGUGCAAAGCUGCAGCAGUGCCCGCUGGUUGCCCGUGGUGCAGCGCGUCGUGGCGAGCAGGAACAGUGCUAAUGUCACUGCUACGUGCGCUCAUUGUUCUCAACCUCUUAUACAGGUGCUAAAAUUCAAGUGCAGUAAAUGCAGUGACAUCUACUUCUGUGAGAAGUGUUAUUUAUACGACAAAGACCUGACCACCGUCAGUGGACAUAAGAAGACACACCUUGUACAUGAGAUUAUGGACGGACAAACAAAGACAUCAGAAUGUAUAAACUUCAUAAAGGGUAUGAAGAGACUCUUCUUUUGCACUAAGACUAAGAAGAAAGGCCCUAAGAAGGGUGUUAAGAAGGCUAUCGACAAUGUGGACAGCGGUACGGUGAGAAGAAGGAAAGAUGGCAGGCCUGUGAUUUUUACAUCCACAGUGGGCAAGGCAUCAGGCAAUAAUGGCAAUAACCCUGCUGUUGUACUCAACGAUAUUAUUACGCAGUUGGAAACGCAACACAAGUCUCUUCAAGAAUUGUCAAGCAGGCUUGACAGGUUGUAUGGAAACGAGGCUGAUGUUAAGAACAGUGACAAUAAUGAGCUGCGGACUAAAGUUGAGGCGCAUUGGGCUCACAUGUCUACACAGAUUAGCAGACUGAAGGCUUUGAAGGAGAAUCUAUCAUCAAGUCAAACGAUAAUAGCACCCGAGAACGCUCCGAAAAUCGACAAGAUCGAACGACCGCAAGCAUUUGAUCUAUUCAGUCCAAUACCAGUUCUGGAGAACGAAAAACAGUCAAAAGUCACAGACAUUAAAAGUCAGCCGCGGGUGUUAAGUCUGGAUUCUGGAAACUUCUCUGUAGUAUCUAAGCCAGAGAGUCAGAAUUUACUGACGAUGUCCGGAGAUGCUCUGAAGCCUGUGGUCGUGCAUGCUACAUCAGACAGCAUAUCUACUGUGUCUAUGAAUGAUAUCAGUAAUUGGUAUAAUGAGACUGAAUCAAUCCCAGAGAAGAGGGCACGCAGCAAGCCUCGCCUAGCAGACACGACGAGCCACUCUCUAUCAGCGGCCGAGCAAAAGUUUGCAGCUGACAUACGCUGCGUAGAAGACAGUAACGACAAAAUGAAGGAACUUAAUGCUGACCUAGACACAGUACUCGAUAGACUGCAGCAAAUAUUGACUAAUAACUUCGCUAUGGAUGACUCGUGCUUCGACAAUACACAACUGCGGGAAACAGCGAAUGAAAUGGAAGGAUUACUAGGCACUUUAAUACGAGGGGUGGAGCAAAGAGCAACACUGAACGCUACGAAAGGCCUGGUAUAAAGUAUAGAAAUUAACACGCUAUAGACAUAUUGUUUUAUAUAGUGAGAAUUUGGAACAGUUGAUGCUGCAUUAUUUACUCAGCUAAAAGUGAGUGAG